GAUGGUGUACCGCAGGGAUCGCAUUCAGGCCCGCACCCAAAACGUGUUGGCCAAGUCUCUCAACAACAUCCCAGCGACAAUUACGUCAAUGUUGCUUUCGACUUAAUCGACCUUUCUGACGAUAAGACGCCGCCGUCGAACGGUGUGGUGAAACCAAACAACGCGAAUGCUCGCAAUGAUGUAUUCAAUGGUCGGGGUGGAAAACUUCCUGUCUCCAGACAGACUUCAUCUCCAGAUUAUGUCGUAGUGGACAAAUCACGAAAUAAUUCUGAUGAUUCGUCAUCGGAAUACGUUGUCGUCCCUCCACGAGGUUUGUGUAUUGAAGAACGCUGUGGAUUGAUUGGGAUACAACUACCUGAAUAAUACAAGCUGAACGUUGCGAGCGAAGGCCCGUCAUCGAGAAGUUAGUAGCGAGCUUAAGAUACACCAAAUCUACGAUGACGUGACGAAAAACUGCCGCUAUUAUCGCAGUUUCACUUCACGGGUAAAAACUAUGGAUGGCUGUUGGUAAACGAAGCCAGGGACACGAGAAAAACAAAGUAAAACUAGUCUCCCAUUAUUGCGUCUGUUUUUUAGUCGUGUCCGCGUCGUGGUGCAUCUUAAGCUCCCUAAUACGAUCCCCGCUACUAACUUCACGACGAAGAGCCUUCGCUCGGAACGUCGAAGUUCUCCUUGUAUUUUUCAGGUAGUUGUAUCCCUAUCCAUCCAGAGCUUUCUUAUUAUCGUCAGUACUUACACUGACACACACUGUUCAAGAUUGUGUGUACUUAAGGGACCGGUCAUUAUUUAUGGUGGGGGGUGGCACCGAAGAGAAAUGUUUUUCGUGGCAAAAAUUUUGCUGACCCAACCAUUAAAAAGUCAAAAAUGUGAUUACCCAACCUCAAAUAUCAAGUAAAAAAUAAAUACCCACCCCUGGCCAAAAUUAAACUUUACAAAAGGUUACCAUUCAGUUGUCACAUAUGUCCUUUACCCGAUUUCUGCGACAGAUGUUUGAUAACUGCUUGUGAAAUUUACUGUAGUCUAAUGUAUCAUGUUGUCUGCACAUGUGCUUUCUUUGGAGACACCAUUUGUCUUCUAACAAAUUGGAAAAUGAUCAAGACAGUGACUGAUUGAUUCACAUAUUGUAUUGACAUAUGACUAUAACUUUUUAUUACCCAACCCUUGAGUUGUUUUGUUUUCCAUUUGCCCAACCUUUUACUUACUCAAAAUUUAGUUUACCCAACCAUUUUCUCUUCGGUGCUAGCCCUCGCCAUAAAUAAUGACCGGUCCCUAAACUCGGAUCAAAUGAGGAUAAGAGUGGAUGAGAGUUGUCAGUCACGCGAUCUUGGUUCUUAAUGCUUUCCCAACACUAUCAUGUAUGUAUUCUGUUUAAGUUAAAAACAUAAUUGGAACAUUCAUCAAACCUUUAUUUUGUUAAAGCCAACUCUCGUCAACUCUCAUUUGUGUUUGAUCGGAGCUUUGUAUUCACUAUAAACCUCUGAUUGGCUAUUUCGAGCAUGACUAUCACGGUCAGCACUUGUUUCCAUUUACCAAACUAACGUGACUUCAUUUUCGGAAUUAGAUGGAAGAGAUGUUAAAUGGCUAUGUAACUAACCCAAACCCAACCCUACACACGUAAAAAUCUCACAACUUGUCAACAAGAUGUGUUCACAACAGGCUUGUAGCAAGCUUGUCAACAAGUUGUAACAAUGCUGUUAUUUUAUCAAGUUGCUACAAGCUUGUCACUCACAACUUGUUGACAAAUUGUUGAAUUGCAGGACGAUAACAAGUUGUUGGAACAACUUGUAACAAGUCUGUUGAGCUCAACAACCUUGUAGCAAGUUAUCAACAAGCCGUUGACAACUUGUCAACAAGCUGGGAACAAGCAGUGCGAACACAUCCUGUUGACAAGUUGUUGGAACAGCAUUGCUACAAAUCUGCUGCAGGUUUGUUACAACUUGUGCGUUUUUACGUGUGUCAUCUAACCCCCAACCAUAACCCCUUACUCUAACCUUAACCAAAAUAAUAAAAUAAAUCCAAAAAGAAUCAACUUUAGAAAUUGAUCAAACGACGUAACAUCAGUUUAAUGGUUGGAAACGAGUGAAAACCGUAACUAUAAUUGGCCAUGAUGACGCAAAAUGUACAGAUCCGCGAUCUGUAAUUCAUCUUUAAUAUAGCUUUUUAUUUUUUUAGCAGAUACCUCCAAAACUGGAAGCCAUUCACUUCCAACUCCUGGAAGAUAUGAGAAUGUCCAGCCAGGUGGGACCAUUUUUUAAAGCCGGUUUACACUUGCCAUUUUUGCUGCGAUUUUCUUCUUCUGUGAUGGAUGUGAACGAGUGGAUGAGUUAUGAAUGUUCUGAGUGUGUGUAUACCCCAUAGAUAUCUUAUAUAUACUAUAUAGCGCAUCUCUUUUGUAAAAUUGAAGCCAAGAAUAUUCCAGCGGUUACCCCAUUUGAAUAGAUGGCGACCAUGUUGGAGUUUCCCACUCGCUAAUAAACGCUUAAAAAACAACAAUAACUUUCAUCAUUUGGACAGUUUGAAAAUGUAUUUGGAAUAGGUUUAACUUAAUGUUUAAGUUCCCUGUUUAAGAAAUAGAAAACAUACGAGUCUUCUCAUUUCAUGGGAAUAUCCCGAGUCUGCAAUCACGGCUUCAAUUUUUGAAUUGCAGAAUAAUUAGAUGCACUAUCUAGUGACGUACCCUCAUCUGAACAUUCGUAACUUAUUUACUCGUUCACAUCCAGAAGAAGAAAAUCGCACAAGAAAUCGGUAAACUUAAAGUGGAAGUCAAGUCCGUAAUGUAAACAAACGGUUUGUUUACAUUUUGAACUGCUGUAUUUUUUAAAUAUGAUGUACUGUCUGAAUAUCUAACACCAUUUUGGUUCGCUAUACUUCUAAAUGAAUAUGAAAUAGAGUUUAUGUUCAGAAAAAUUCGAAACAUUCGAAAUUUGGGCAAUGUUUACAUGGUCCUCACAUUGUUAUGAGCAGAACCGAUGCGCAGAACGGACUUGACUUCCACUUUAAAUAGUUGGCUUUUCUUUAAAAAAGUGGCAUGGAAGAAUGCCUUCUGGACCCCGUUGAGUUUUCCACCUGUUGUUCACCACAUGUACAACAAUAUCUUUUGUUGUAAUUUCUUAUGAAAUCUCUUAAUUUCUACAUUAUCAAUUAAUCAACUUCGCUAAUUUUCAGUUCCUCAACCACGUCCAACCCCAAGCACUCGUCCUGGGAUUCCUGCGAAACCGACUACGGUGACAAAUUCUUCAUUAAAAUACGAAAACGUUGAGGGUGAGUACUUUUCCUUGAAUAAACUGUUACGCACACGCGUAAAAACGCACAACUUGUAUUAACAAACCUGCAGCAGACUUGUAGCAAUGUUGUUCCAACAACUUGUCAACAGGAUGUGUUCGCACUGCUUGUUCCCAGCUUGUUGACAACUUGCUACAAGGUUGUUGAGCUCAACAGACUUGUUACAAGUUGUUCCAACAACUUGUUAUCGUCUUGCAAUUCAACAAUUUGUCAACAAGUUGUGAGUGACAGCCUUGUAGCAACUUGAUAAAAUAACGGCAUUGUUACAACUUGUUGACAACUUGCUACAAGGAUGUUGAGCUCAACAGACUUGUUACAAGUUGUUCCAACAACUUGUUAUCAUCCAGCAAUUCAACAAUUUGUCAACAAGUUGUGAGUGACAACCUUGUAGCAACUUGAUAAAAUAACGGCAUUGUUAUUACAACUUGUUGACAAGCUUGCUACAAGCCUGUUGCGAACGCAUCUUGUUGAAAGUUCUGAGAUUUUUACAUGUGUACGUACCCUACAUCUUAUGGCAAACUAUUAUUGAAUAUUUAGUGCCAGGUCGAAGGACGCCAACUCAGGCACACACGUUUCCAUUUUCCGACCGGGCAGGCAGACCCGCAACACCCGAGAAAAGUCCAAAGCUCAAAGACGUCUACCAUCGUUCUUCGAGCACCUCGAGUGAUCUCCAUGUUCGUGCCCCAACGCAUGCGCAACAGAAGUUCUCCAGCUGUGGGGCAAGUGGUGGCGCGAAGUUAGCUGACCAGUUAAAAGCCAUGGACGGCAGGCGCGCAAGGGUAUUGCCAAAUGAAGAGAUGGAUCCUGCAGAUGCCGAAAAAUUGUUCCCGAAGGAAACUGGUAGGAUAUAGUCAUUGAGCUUUAUACAAUAUAUUUGGAGUCGUUCGGAGUUGGGACUAAAGGCGGUUUUCCACUAGGCGAAAUUUUUCGAUCGAACCAAAAUUUCUAUUGUUCAAAUUCAAAAGAUUUCUGAUUAGUUCCAUCUGAGUGCUUGUAAGACAAAAGAAAACUUCGAUUCGGUCGAAAAAUUUCGCCUAGUGGAAAACAGCCUUAAGUGAAAAUUGAAGCCAAGUUAGCGGAGAUUGACGUCCAAUAUAGCUAUGAAGGUCGUAGUACUCUUUCCUUUUAUCUCUUCUCUCCUUUCUCACUUGUCGUAUUUAUUUGUCAUACUCACAAAUUGUAAAUAGCAAUAGUUUUGAUGUACUGAUGGUUUUUUCCGUGUUUGAAUAAAGUUUAUGUAUGUAUGUGUGUGUGUGUGUGUGUAUGUAUGUAUGUAUGUAUGUAAACAGUUUUAGUAACCCCCAAGCUAAUUCCUGUUUUUUCGGACCGUAUCGCUAACCAAGUUAUCAGUUCAUAAAACCGUAUAGUGUUAUUCUUUAAACGAUGUCAAAAUACGAAAUUCAGCACAUUCCUUGCUUUGACCGCGCAGACAAAAACAAUAUAGAAAGGGUCUGGCCUGCUCCAGAUGUAUAUGGCGCCAGUGCAAAUACUACUAGCCAACCUGUUUGUUUAGUUUAUUUAGUUGACAUAUCAUAUUUAUAAUUUAUUUCUUAUUUUUAUUUCUCGAGGAAAUAUACAAAAGGUUAAUUUAUUUAAAUUUGCAACGUUUCGAACAUUUUAAAUGUCCGUCUUCAGGCGACAACUGUUGUUAAAAUAAGAAAUAAAUUAUGAACUACAAAGGUGAAAGUUUUAGAAACAAGAUGUCAUAUUUAGUUGAUAUAUCAUAUUUCAUUAAAAUUAACAUAUUCGAUGUUCUUACAUUUCAGGUCUUUAUGCUUCGGUAAACAACAAAAGCAAGAGCGGUAAAAGAACGAUGAAUGAAAACACGUUCAGAGGAGGAGAUAAUACGGUAAGUCUAUAACGUUUAGGCUUCCUCCUGCAUUAACACUGGACCAUGAAAUAAACCUGGAUGCAGGCAACUUACGAACAUCCAAAUGUUUUACUCUAGGACGGAGAGAAAGCUCCGGCAAUUCCGAAGAAAUCCGCUGAACUUCUUGCUAUUGACGAACAGCAUGGUAAACAAUCUUUUGCUCAUAUACAUUCAUUUGUCCGCUCAGAGAGAUAGAUUUUGCAUUGCAUGUACAACGGGAUUGCCUUCUGGGACCACAAGAGAACAUUAAAAAUUGUCUGCAAAUAAUCAAGUAAAUUGACACGCGGACAAUGUAACUGUGUGACAUGCACUAACAAGAUAAUGUCAUGCUAUAUUUUAACAGAAUAACUUAUUUCAGUGCACUGAGAAUCUUAAUAAAUAUACUUUUAGGAAUAUAACGUAAAACUAAUUUAGGUAACAUGCAUCAAGGGCCUUAUCCUAAGGUAAAUACAGAUGCCAAAAAUGGGAACUACUAAGGGGCAUGCUCCCCGAGACUGAAAUUUUGAAAAUCAACUGUCCCAGAUUGGCUGAAAAUGCAUUUGCCAUACAACAUUUGUUACAUCAUUCUAUAUAGUCUAUUGCGUCGAUAUAAGAUGGAUGCACUUGUACCUACAGUACAGAUAACAUUCUUUCUAUUGGUUAGAAUUUUCCUCUGAUUCAAAUGAAUUCUGCGACCGUUGAACUCGUGGUCCGAUACUUUUCCCACCCCUGGCGAAACAAAACGAGAAAAUCACUCGAAAAUCCUUGUUGUAAAUGAGAGCAUAGGAGUUGUUGAAACUCAACUCUCAUGCCCCGGUCAAACGAGAACAAGAGUUGCGUGAGAGGUAACGAGAGUUGAGUGGGUAUUACCGCGCGCGUGUAGUGGAAAAUUUGAACCAUGCAGUUGAUGCGAGCAUAUUGGAGUCGUGCGAGAGUUACGACUAGCUGUUGUUAACUGUUAUCAACUCUCAUCAAAUUCCUCGUUUGUUAAUGGCCAAGGCUUCCGGAAGAACAUAAUGGACCUUUAACCUUAUAACUAAAAUUUUGAUCUAGACAAAAAUUUCAUCACAGCUUGAAAGAGCAUCACAAAAUUAUAGUAAUAUUCCAAAGUUUCGUUACGAAAUGUUGUAAAAUGCGGAUAAUAUAGCCCUGCGAAGUUUGCAAUUUUCAGUCAUUUUAGAUUACAAACGGGAAAUUGAUACCCAAAUCGGGUGUUUGGGUAUCAAUUUCCCGUUAGUAAUCUAAAAUGACUGAAAAUUGCAAACUUCGCAGGGCUAUAUUAUCCGCAUUUUACAACAUUUCGCAACGCAACUUCGGAAUAUGACUAAUUUUGUGAUGCUCUUUCAAGCUGUGAUGAAAUUUUUGUCUAGACUUGUCUAGAUCAAAAUUUUAGUUAUAAGGUUAAAGGUCCAUUGAAACAGCUAUCAUGUUAGUUAGUUAGAGACUUUAUUAAUUAAACCGGAUUUACAUCGUCAUCUGCAUUUGUUACAAAUGCCAUAAAAUUUGCAACUUCUGCCAAACCCUUUUAAUUUUUUGUAACUUUGUUGUCGUUGAUAGAGACAGCUAACGAUUCGAAGACAAAAAGCAAAGCUGCAUCAUUAACGAAUAAGGUAUGAAAUGUAUUUGUCAUAUUUUGCAAUAACUUUUUUUGACAAAAUGUUUGUAUUUAAAACGGCUUCUUAAACGGUUCUUUAUGCAUAAAAUUUACUUAUGUCAAGCUUUGAUGCACGUGUGGUGAGGCAUUCAAAUUCUAACAAUACGUUUAUUUCAAUAGUUUUUCUGUAUAUUUUUCUACAGUAUUUGUUUAUGCUGCAUUUUUUCAUACUUUACAGAUACCUUUUUUGUCAAGAAGGCCUGAAUUUAUUAAAGGAACCGUGUUAGAAGAUAUAGGUAAGUUUUGAAAUGUUUUGUGGUCUUUCUGGGGUCUAACUUGUCCAAGAAACUUUACCAAGGACAAGUUGAUUAAAUGUUGGUUAAAUUUGGAUGGGAAAUUAGCUGAAAUUUGUCUUCUCUAGACCGAAUGCGUGAUUAGCCCAUUGUACUGCAAUUGAAACGAAAUUGUGACGCUUUCUUGGAAAACGUUUAUUCUUGUUUGUCACCGUUUUGGUCUAAACUGUAUUUGCAGGUUAUGGGAAGAGGGUGCCAAAGCCUAAAGGACCCAGGAGUCCACCCCAGAGUUGGACGAUAAAAAGUUGAUCCGACAUUUAUACAGAGUGGCAUUGAGCUUGCUACAGCACAAUGAUAAAAUACAACACAGAGAACUAAUUUACUGCAUAAUAUAUAUGAGCUACACGAUCAGGUAAUAUAUAU